GAUGCUCUGAGCUCUCUCCCAUCAGUUUGCCGUUUACUAUGGCUGAAGCCAGCUCGUUUCUCUUAAGAUUUCUAAUAUUGUCUCUGUUGGCUGUUGGACGAUCACAAGCCACCAACACAUCAUCUUCUGAGAAUCCUGAAAAUGAAGCUGCAAACGCUCCCACUGAUGUACCACCUGUUGAUGCCUUAACACCGAACGGGACAAACGACUACAAUUCCACUGCUUCUCCAUCUGUUUCUCCUCCUAAAGAGAAGCCCUCAAAUGUUUCUGACCCAGGAGACCAGGCAUCUAAUGAACCCCAACAGGAAGCAGCAGCAGAAGAUUCUGAAGAUGACUUGGCACAGCUUCCACGAAGCUGUCUGCCCCAUGGAAACCAGAAGCUGGUUUGCCCAACCCAGGGUCCUCUGGAGUUUGUUUGCCCCACUCCAGAACCCCAGCAGCUUACAUGUCCACCCCAGGUUCCUGCCACACCCAAGCACAAACCAGUGUCUCUUCAAUUGUCUCAGUUGCUUAAGUUGAUAAAGCAACUUGGCUACUCACCUGAUGGUCCCCAGCAGCAGCAGCAGCUGGAACAGGAGCAAAACCAAGAGAAGCUGCUUGGUCUUCUAUCAAAGUGGCUCCAGGAGCUCCAACAGCGUGUUUAUCUGCAAAAGUUGAAAUCCAUGGCCCACCAACAAGGAUACCUGCCCAUGUGGCGCCGUGAUGAUUACCAAUACCAUGGUUACCAGCUCCCAGAGCCUGGAGAUCAUGACGUUGGUCCCCGCCAGCACUAUGGCUACCCACCCCAGGAGCCUCUACACCAAAGCCACGCCCCCAGAAAGUUCAGAGAAAAUCAAAUCCAUGGUUACCCACUGCAGAAGCCUCAGACACCAAUGGCCAAUGAGUUCAAACCUCCCCAUUCCCAUGAUAACCCACCCCAGGAGUUCUUGCAACCUAGUCCUCAGAGUUACCCACCCAGAGGUUCAAUGGAACCCCGUCUUCAAAGUCACCCACCCCAGGAUUUCUGGGAUGUCCCUCCACAAAUGUAUCCCCAGAGAGAGUUUCUACAACCCCAUCCCUAUGUUUACCCUGCCCUGGAGUUAUGGGGGCACAAUCCCCAAGAGUACCCUCCACAAGAGUUCAGACCACCCCAGCCAACCAGCCUCUCACCCCAGGAGUUUCACAAGCCCCAUCAGCACGGUCACCCUCAAGUUCCUACAAAACCCCAGAUGCCACAUCAGCAUCACAAGCGAAGUUUCAAGCCUCUGCCUUCUCAGAUCAUUACCAGGUGGCCUGCUUAUCUGCCCCAAAAACCUUAUUACAUAACCAAUUUGCUCCGGUACCAACCUAAGAGGCCACAAAACAAGCCCAGACCGGGCAACCCCCCUCAGAUGUUUUACUUAAAAGCAAAGUAACCUAAAGUUGCACAUUGGGUCCUUCAGUUGGAUCAAGGGUUCCAGGUUUAUGGGUGGAGUAGAAAUAUCCAUAUGCUUCAGCUGCAGCAAAAAUAUAAAAUAACACGACUUUGUUUUUAAUCAAUGUUUUCUAAUUCUGGCAUGUAAUCUCCAAUGACCUGUCAAAUAAAAGGAAUUUAUUCUCGGAUCUGUGAUGUUUCUGGAUUCUGAUACCAGACUGGAGGUAUCUUUAGCUAUGAGUAGCUUUAACUUUGGAUUAAAAUUUUCAAUAGAAAAUCAAACAAAACUAAGAAACAAACACUCAUGUGCCACGUUAAAAGCCAAAGCAUGAAAUGGGGUUUCAAGAGAUUUAAAACCAAAGAUGCCAACAUAAUCUGCAGAGGCAGUGCAUUCCAAAGCCUAGGGGCAACUAAUGAAGCCCCAUCACCCCUGAGCUUACGUCUUGUUCUUGGGACUUCCAGGAACAGCCCAUAUAUCUGCUCUAUUGGUGAUGUGCUCCAUCUUGCUUGUCCCAGAUGUGCAGCCACGUUCUGCACCAACUGCAGACAAGAGAUGAGACCGGGAAACACCAAAUUACAUCGAAUUUCAAUAAUGUCUCGUAAUAAAAGCGUAAAUUACUGUCUCAAAAUCUUGUUUUGACAGCAAGUUUAUGAUCCUUGGCGAUACUUCUCAGUUAGUUAAAAACUAGAUUUAGUCACCAAACUGAUUUGCCUGUCCAAGAUGAGAUAACACACAAGAAUGUUAUAUUAGGUUUCAAAAUGAGGGGCGAGCAGAUAAAGUUCAACUGCAAAAUCCUCAGAUGAAGCACCAGGACCAAAACCCACAACCUCCAUCUUCUUUUCAUUAAAAAGCAGGAAGUUGGAGAACAUCAGUUGUCUAACCUCAAAAAGAUAUUCCAAGAGAAAAUUCAGUGACUGAUGAUGGCUUCUCUGAACCUGAGUACUAUCUGCAAAGCAGUGAAAACCCCUGUUUCCUGAAAAUCAGACCCAAACCUAACAGAUACAAUGUAAAGAACAAUGGGUCUGAUAUAGAACCCAGAGGAACCCCACAAGUCAAUGAACCAUUAGAAGAAGUAAAAUUACCCAACUUAAACACUGAAGGAUCUAUUUGCCAGGUACACACAAACCAGUCCAGAGCAACUCCACGAAUAUCCACAAAAUGCUGCAGCCUAGAGGUCACAAGAUGUGGUCCAUGGUGUCAAAUGCAACCCAUAAGUUCAACAGUGCCAGAACAACAAAGACUGUUGCUGAUAAAAUAUUAUUAAAGCUGAUUCUGUUCUGUUGACUGGCCUAAAACCAGAUUGGAAUUUUUAAAAAAUAUCAUUGUCCAUCAAAUGCUUGGUCAUCUGAGAGUAUUCAACCUUCUCCAGUACUUUGGAAAUAAAACAAAGUCUGGAGAUAGGUUUGUAACUGGACAAAGCAGAUGGGUCGAGUUCAGGCUUUUUUUAUUAAAGGCUGCCCCACAGCAUGUUUCCAGUUCCCUGGUACUGCCCCAGAGACAAGGCUGUCAUUAAUAAUGGAAAGAACCCAAACACCAACUGAUGAAAACAUGUAUUUCAAAAGCCCAUGGAGCAUCACAUCCGCAUAAUGAGCUACACUUUAGCCACUGCCCAGGGGGCACUGACUAGAGCGAGGUUGCCGUACAUUGUACCCCCAGGUCUUUCUGCCCGCCAUCAGCAGGCAAAGACUCAUAAUGACUGAGAGGGACGUGAACCUGCAACCCUCUGGUUACUUCUCUCCUCUGCCAUCAUCACUCCUUACAAAUCCAGAUCUAAUUCUAAUAGACUGGCAUAUCUAAGGCAUUCUGUAAGUUUUUGUUGUAGUUUAAGUUAGUAAAGACACAAAUAAUUCGUCUCUAACUGCAUUAGCUGGAAUAGACAGUUAAAAGGAAAUUAAAUGAAAUUUAAAAAAUUCCCUUGUACAUAUAUUUAAUAUAACAAUUUAAAUGGUUUUCCCACUUCAGUUUGACCACUUUUUACAAUCUGCACAAUGAAAUUAAAUGGAGUCUGACUUUUUGAGGUUUAAGUUGAUUCCAAAUCUAAAUUUUAAGUAUCCUAUCACAUUUAGGCCUUGCACUGAUGCACACCUAUAGCACAGUUAACAUCACCUGCCACCAUCAUCACAGCUGUUUUCAUUUACCUUAACAAGGUUGGAGAGUAGAGGUAUAAAAGCAGUUCAGGUAGCAUCUUUGCUUUGAUGUUUUCGGUCUCCCUGGUUUUAUCAGCAGUGCUCAGAAAUUACUGGGCUUGCUGUCUUGUCUAGUUAGUAAGAUGGCGUUUCUCUAUGGAUUGCUGGUGCUGCCUCUUCUGGUUCUUGAAAUUCCUCAAGUAAAUGCUGGCCAUGAGCCUUGGGAUUCUCCACCUGAUUACCCGUGGUGGAUUCCAGUAGUUGUGAUGUGCCCGCCUGAAAGGUCGGAGAUCCCCAGCCAGCAUCAAAGAUUCUGUGAGCAAAGGGUUGCAAGACCCCCAAUGUUUCCAGUAGGGGGUCCAGUGUAUCCUGGAAAGCCGCCAAUGUUUCCAGUUGAGCCGCCAAUGUUUCCACUGGGGGGUCCAGUGAAUCCUGGAGAGCCGCCAAUGUUUCCAGUAGGGGGUCCAGUGAAUCCUGGAGAGCCGCCAAUGUUUCCAGUAGGGGGUCCAGUGAAUCCUGGAAAGCCGCCAAUGUUUCCUUUUGAGCCGCCAAUGUUUCCACUGGGGGGUCCAGUGAAUCCUGGAGAGCCGCCAAUGUUUCCACUGGGGGGUCCAGUGAAUCCUGGAGAGCCGCCAAUGUUUCCAGUUGAGCCGCCAAUGUUUCCACUGGGGGGUCCAGUGAAUCCUGGAGAGCCGCCAAUGUUUCCAGUAGGGGGUCCAGUGAAUCCUGGAAAGCCGCCAAUGUUUCCAGUUGAGCCGCCAAUGUUUCCAGUAGGGGGUCCAGUGUAUCCUGGAAAGCCGCCAAUGUUUCCAGUUGAGCCGCCAAGGUUUCCAGUAGGGGGUCCAGUGAAUCCUGGAAAGCCGCCAAUGUUUCCAGUUGAGCCGCCAAUGUUUCCAGUAGGGGGUCCAGUGAAUCCUGGAAAGCCGCCAAUGUUUCCAGUAGGGGGACCAGUGAAUCUCGGGAUGCCACAAAUGUUUCCAGAUGAGCCUCAGUUUCCAGUAGGGGGUCCAGUGAGCCCUGGAAAGCCACCAAUGGCACCCAGUGACCAAAAGGAUCUAAUUGGGGGUCCAGUAGACUUGAGACAAAACCCAACAUUUUCUUUCAGGAAUUAUCAAAUGUUGGGACUGUUGUUUCCUAAGCACCCCAAAUGUCCGACAUGUCAAGAGAAGCCCAAAGGUCCUUCACAUCAAGGGUCCAAAAGUCCUCCAAAACCAAGUUGCUUUGGCAAGUGGCACCAUCCCAUGCAUCCCAGACUAUGCCAUUUGAAGACAUAAUUAUAAGGCAUGUGGCGAUAAAGAUCACUUUGGAUUCCUUUCAAAAUAAAGCCUGACCUUAUGUGUA